CGCCCUUUCCUAUAUAAGACUGCCCCGCCACCCUCCUUCGCUGUCCGCCUACCUUCCCCCUUCUCUUCCGGACCAGUUCGAUCGAUCGGAACUGAAUCCCGCAUUUGUACUACCUUCCCUUUCCCCUUCGUUGGAGGAUUUCUGAGGAGAUUGGAACAUGGCUGGAUAUCUUAAGGGAUUUAGGUCUUUGAGGCUUGGGAUGACGAUCUCGAAUGGGGACGGGGAUUCGGCAGCUAAGGAUGGCAGAAGGGAGAGGAAGCGGAAGCGCCGGGCGGAGCCAUCACUGGUUAAGUGGAAGACGGAGGGCGAGCAGAAGACCUACUCCUCCAAGCUCAUCGAGGCCCUCCGGCGCGUGCGCCGAUCAUCUGCUACGGGAGCGGCGUCAGCGGCCACGGACCACUCGCGUAGCCGCGCCGUACGGGAGGCGGCGGACCGGGCGCUGGCGGCCGCGGCGCGAGGCCGGACGCGGUGGAGCCGCGCGAUCCUCUGCGGCCGGACGCUCAAGCGCAGGGUCCUUCCGCGGGCCGGCCGACCGAAACCCGUCGGGCCGGCCCGGGCGGCGGAGAGGAGCAAGCCGCCGGCCCUGAAGACGAAGGCGAGGGUCCUAGGCCGGCUGGUCCCCGGCUGCCGCAAGCUGCCGUUGCCAUCGCUUCUAGAGGAGGUAUCGGACUACAUCGCGGCGCUCGAGAUGCAGGUCCGGGCCAUGAGCGUGAUCGCCGAGGCCCUCUCUGCCGUCGGCGGAGCCCCGUCACCGGCUCAAACGGAGGGGCCGAUGUGAAUCGGAUGCGAUCGCCGAAGGUCCUCCUCUUCUCCUCUCUAUUUUUGCUGCUAAUCUUUGAUUUGCUGUCGCCGGUAGCUCCGCAUUUUGUUUAGUAUGUGCACUACUCUCUGGCUUUCGUCUUCUCCUUUCUUCUCUUUCGAAGGAGCUCCACUUCACAUGUUACCCACGUGCACUCCACACAUCAUUUCAUAUUUGCAUUCCACCUAUUUCAUCGAUCAAGGAAGUGAGUUACCGCUGUAAUUUAUGGAAAGAUAAUAUGUAUAUUGGUCUUGGUGGAUUGGGACAUAACUCUAUGUAUGUGUAUAUCUAUUUGAGCCACAUCCAUCAGGGGUGGAGGUCAAUUGGAACAAUCAUCAUCAUCUACUUACACUUGUGAGAGUCUUUGGAUUCCCCUUGUUUGAGUGAUGGAAGGAAAUGUACAUGUGCAAGUGGAUAGAAUUCAUGUGAAUCCGACUUUACGGCAAGGAGAGAGAAGCGUUCGAGGCAUUGGAUGGCUGGGUCCGAAGGCAAAGGUGAGGGUAACAAACUAAGCAGACGUAACUGUGUCAACUGCACAGCACAUGGAAGUUGAGGAGGUUGAGAGUAGAUCCAUGUGAGGGGGUGUCAUGGGUUCAUGGUGCCCUCUCUCUGCCCUCUCUCUGCCUGUUGCCAACAUGAGACAUGUUUUUACUGCCAUCACGAUAACAGACUCCACGGAGGCUUCCAAGGGAGUGAGGAGAAUAUUAGCUGGCACCUUUAGAAAGAUAAUUUUAUAAGAUUAAAAAUUAAAAAAAAUACUUUUAUUGAAGUAAUCGAAUUAAAUAUUUUAUUUUUAUAAAUAUAAAAAAAUUAAUAUAAUUUGUGAAAGUAUAAAAAUUGGGAUGAGUAGUAAUAGCCCGAUCGGAGACUGCUCCUUUCCCUACGCACACCCGCACGGUCAAGCAGAUCCAGGCCGUCCACCCUCUUGAGAGCUUCACCGACUCGACGUCUGCCGUCGAGAAGCGCCGUCGCUGCGGCCAGAUCGAGUAGCUUAUCGAGGAGGCCGAGGACGAGCUCAAACUCGUCGCCGAGAUGAUCGGGUCUCCUGUGAGAUGUCAUCUCGCUGGUAGAGACCAGGGAACAGCGGUUGACUUGGGACCAAAUGCCCGUCCUCCACCAAGCAUUGGGCCGCAGCUAUUUGAUUGGGUUGGGACUGUGCUUGGGAGGCGUACAUGGUGAUCUGAGCUUGUGUCUCAGCUAGCUCACGUUGAACGACACUAAUCUCCCUCUGCAACAUUGAGAUGAACCCAACACUCCCAUAAACCGGAUCCUGCACACGCCAGUAGGCCUCCAUCGCAAUGGCAUCUGCGGCUUGUCUUCUGUGCUCCACUGGAAUUUGCUGCGAGAUGCACAUUCUGAUGUCAGUAUCUUCUUAAAAUGUGGCACACAACUUCGAUGCCUUUACUGUUAGUUUUAUGACUUGGUAAGGGUGUCUUUAAGAUUAUAAGGAAAUAUUUCCCACAGAAUUCUAGACAUGCAAGGUUGAAUUGUCAUCGUGAAGAGGGUAUACGUUAUUCUAUUAGUGAUGUUACUGAUAACUACUUGUUGGUUGAUUGCAGGUUCUCCAAUAGAACAAUACAGUGAGGCAGCUGCAAUCAGGGAAGGUCUCCAGUAUCUUUUUAAGAGAUAAAAAUGCAAGGAAUGCAUGUUGAAGCAGAUCCAAAGACGACGAUCUACAUCUAAGACAUACUGUGGACUUCAAAUUCUCACAAGUAUACUGGCAAGGUAAUAGGAUUGUUAACUAGUUGGCAAAUUGUCAAACCGAUACAAUUAGUGUUUUUGGGACCGGAAUGAUUCUUUUAAUCUUUGUACUCUGAUGUGAAGGUAGUAGGAUUAUUAACUAGUUGGCAAAAUGUCUAACCUAUAAAAUUAGUUUGUCGGGACCGGAAUGACUCAUUUUAUCUUUAUACUCUGAUGUAAAGAGAGAUUUUUUAAUCCGUUUUGCAAAGUAAUAUAUUUUCUUUUUAAUGAAAAAAAUCGUAUUGAGAUAGUUGGAUUGUUACAUUAGCAGCCUAACUUGGACUAAGAAACUAAUCACUACUGGGAGAAAACGAGGUGUUCAUCACCGCUAAAAUUACACUAAUUUUGCUAAUAUUAAUUCAGAUAUAAGCUCCUUCCAAAACACCAUCAUCAUCAUCAUCAUCACCAUUAGCAACAUCAUUUUUUGAUGGACUCACAUCAGUUUUUUCUUCAUUUUCUUAUAUUUGAACCUGCUAAAUUCUUCCCUUGUAUAUCAAAUUAAAUAAGUCUUAGAGUUGCAGCAAAUUCUAUCAAAAUAACAUAGAAAUUGCAGCAGUUCACUGUAGUUGUGAUCAUGAACUGGUGAUUGCAACCACAAGGAGAAGUGUUGGAGGAAGAACACAAACCUGCAGCAUUCGAGCGACGUUGCUGGCCCCAAAGAUUCUGUGAACGCAGGCAAAUCUAUGGGGGUUGGCGGAGGGGAAGUAGGGCGCCAACGCGCAGUCCUCACAGCAUCUCCUCCUCAGAUACCGACACGCCGCGCAUCGACUUGGAUUCGACAUGGCGGCUCACGUUGUCGGCCCUUCUUAGAUUGACCUGUAGAUCCCCCCAAAAUCUAUUACUGAAUUUUCUGUUAGAUUUUCUGCUGAUCCAUUGAGAUCCUCGUGGAGAUUUAUUGCGACGGAGGGAGCUCCCCAUCAAGGAAAGCUCAACGGCUAGUGAUUUGAACAGGAGAGGGAAGAACAUGGUAUGUGAGCAGGAGCGGUCAAACUUCCUUCAAGUCAACGUUCAAUUUUUAGCACAUUUUUUAAUCAAUUUAAUCCAGUAUAUAUAUAUAUAUAUAUAUAUAACGUCAGAACAUGGCACGUUCUUAGCAUCCACAGCUGCUGACCUGACAGUGUAUGUCACGUGGCGUUAUCCAAAGAAAACUUGAGAACAUUCCUAUGAGGGAUCCGAUGUCCACAUCUGCGUCGUUGGAACCGGUUUAGAUCACCGAGUUCCCGCGGAUCAUCUGCUGGCUUCCUCUUCCUUGCUAUUUCAUCACCUCUCUCUUCUCUCUCUCUUUUUCAUAAUUUAUAUUUAUUUUUCCGUCUUUAUAUUUACUUUGUUUGAGCCUCACCGACACACCUUCGAAUCCUCCUCGUACGGAAACCCUAAUCCCAUCCGUCUUCUUCCGCUUACCCUAAUCUCUCGCCCUUUCUCUCUAGGAUUUGAGGAGGAGUUGUGUCGUUUUUUGUGUGGAGUGGGCGAUAUGCCGGUGCCAUUAUCUGGAUUUGAUCGAACGAUUCGUUUCAUGGGGAAAAAAUGGAAGAUGUGAUUUUUGAGAUGAUUGGCGGCGUUCUAAAUGGUUAUUCGUAGAUAUGCUGACGAUAUUGUACAGGUUGCGUUGCGGCUUUAAAGGAUAAGGGAGUAAGAAGCUUCUUUUGUGAUUAGUAGUUUUGAAUUUUGUUUAUCAUGGAUGCACAGAGAUCAAUCGAGAGAGAUGUUGUUGUGGAUCUGGAAAGUGGCAUGAAUGCACUAAUCAACCAACGAGAGGGAGCAAAAGAUGUGGACUUGAGUGCGGGGCAUGGGAGAAGAGUGAUGAAUAAGGGAUUGGGUGGUCUUAUGGGCAUUGAUGGGUUCAUGCAUGUUGAAGAAGCUGCGAAAUCAGCAAACAUUAUGACGAGUUUUUCUGCGCUUCCUCUCACAAAUGCUGAAGCUUCAGUGGACAAGAGGGACAGAGGAAAGGAAGGCCCAAACCUGUUGGAGAAGAAGGUGGGAGCCGAGAAGACUAAAAAGAAGGGCUGUAAGAAGCCUCCAAAACCUCCCCGGCCUCCCAAGUCACCACCUUUGGAUGCUGCUGAUCAGAAGCUGAUAAAGGAGAUCUCUGAGCUUGCCAUGAUGAAGCGGGCAAGGAUCGAGCGAAUGAAACUGAAGAUGAAGAAUGCCAAGUCAACAUCUUCUAAUGGCAACUUGUGUGCCUUGGUUGUUACCAUUCUUUUCUGCCUUGUUAUAAUCUGGCAAGGAGCUUUCUCUGGAGGCAAUUCUACUGCUGGAUUUCAUGGUUCCCCUGAAUCUUCCCUAAGGAUUGGCAGUGGAUUGAUCUCCGUUCGAAUCCACAAGAAGGCCUCGGAAAAUGGCCGUAAUAUGCCUUACUCAGCUACUCCAAAUAACGGGGAACCAGUUUCUUGAUGAGAUUACCAUUUGAAAGCGAGCAGACUUCUGAAGAUUCAAACUCAAAUCCUGCAAUCCCAGAGAUAGUAACCUUCAUCAGACCUUGUUCUAAACGACUUAUUUCUCCUUUUUCUUCUUUUAUUUUUCGGAGGCCGAUAUCUGCAUUGUGUUUUCUCGUUAUUAUGGUUUGUACAUAUGAGCAGACAACUCCUUUCAGAACACAUGCAUUUUGUAAAUGAUAGGAAGCUCCUGCUAUUUGUUCUUGCCUUCAA